UUGCGGUACUGGGGCUUUAUGGCCACUGAUCGGAGCACUUCGUCGGGCCCAGAAAGCCAAAACGACUGGCAUUUUACCAGCCAGCAAAAAGGAACCCCGGAGUAACUCGGAGUAACGGGAAGCAGGAGCGACUGACACGCGGAACCAUGGGACACGGAGUGGGCUGAACCAGACAGCCCAGCCACGCACACCAGACUCUCUCACUGAGGUCUGUGACAUGGCCACGGCCUCCAGGGCGGAGUCCAGCCAUAACCAUGGAGAAUCUUCACAACUUCAUGCCAUCAUUUCUUGUGCCAAGCUCCGGAGGAAGAAGAGCCUGUUCGGGUCCAUCUACGUGGAGGUGACAGCGGACGGGGAGACGCGGCGCACGGCAAAGACCCACAGCUCCUCCAACCCCAAGUGGGACGAGAGACUCGCACUGAAUGUAUCGCCCCAAUCAGAGGUGGACUUCAAGGUAUGGAGCCACCAUACAAUUAAGGCAGACUCUCUGCUGGGCAAAGCCACUUUGAACCUGCGGCAAGUCCUGGACCAGCAUGAAAGAAAAUUGGAGAAUGUGAAGGAGGUGCUGAAGCUGAGCGUGGAGCAGAAGGGAGCGGCGGUGUCCACGGGGGAGCUGACGGUGUAUCUGGACGGGCUGACGGUCGCUGACCAGGAGGCGGUGCAGCCCCUGACCAACGGCAACACAACCACCACCAACCCCACCAAAACCCAACAGAACGGAGAUGCCAUUCAUGAAAAUGGAGAAGAUUUGUCUUCCUCUUCAAGGGCAGCCAACAGCACAUCGAAUGGUACGGAAGCGGGACCAGCCAAUGGCUCCAGCCCAGGCUCCUGUUCAGCCCCCAAUGGCGAAGACACCGAUUUGGUGCACGACCCUUCCUCCCUUCACAACCCUUGCCCUGUCGUCAACGGAAACGCCACCACAUCCAACCUCACCGCUGCCUGCAAACCCCUAGACAGUGACGCAAGCACCACCACCACCACCACCAACGGCACUGUGAACGGAGACGGCGUUGACGCAGCCCACCCCUCUUCUACCGCAGCAACAGAGGACGCACCGCCCUCCUCCCAGAGCCAUGAAGACCCUAGCCAGAACCCCGUCCCGCCAGACCCAGACCCGGCCGCCGGCAGCACAACCCCAGGCCCCGCCGCCGCCGCCGCCACCACCACCACCAGCACCACCACCACCACCACCACCUCCUCAUCCUCCGUUACUGCAGCGCCUGCUGCUCCCUCCGACUCCAGCACCCCGACCCGUGCGUCAGCUGCUCCCGCCCCGGACCCCGCGGCCGGGACGUCGCCCUGCCCUGCUCCGGGGGAACCGGCACCCCCCCCCGGGGGGGAGGGCGGGGCUGUCGCCGGAGGCACUGAGGACCCACCGGCGGACGGGGCCAAGCCCAGACAGCAGACGACCCCCAGCAGCACGGCGGCCGCCUCCGACGCCCUGCCGCCGGGGUGGGAGCAGAGGAAAGACCCACAUGGCCGGACGUACUACGUAGACCACAACACCAGGACCACCACCUGGGAGAGGCCGCAGCCUCUACCCCCAGGCUGGGAGAGAAGGGUGGACGACCGGGGCCGUAUCUACUACGUGGACCACAACACCCGCACCACCACGUGGCAGCGGCCCACCAUGGAGUCGGUCCGCAACUUUGAGCAGUGGCAGAGCCAGAGGAGCCAGCUUCAGGGAGCCAUGCACCAGUUCAACCAGAGAUACCUCUAUUCCGCCUCCAUGAUGUCGGCGGAGAACGACCCCCUAGGCCCGCUUCCGCCUGGCUGGGAGAGGCGUGUGGACUCCAACGACCGCGUGUACUUCGUCAACCACAGCACUAAGACCACGCAGUGGGAGGACCCCCGGACACAGGGGCUCCAGAACGAGGAGCCGCUCCCAGAGGGCUGGGAGAUCCGCUACACCAGAGAAGGGGUGCGCUACUUUGUGGACCAUAACACCCGGACCACCACCUUCAAUGACCCCCGCACCGGAAAAUCCUCUGUCACCAAGGGGCCUCAAAUUGCCUACGAGCGCAGCUUCAGGUGGAAGCUCGCCCACUUUCGCUACCUGUGCCAGUCCAAUGCACUUCCCAGCCAUGUGAAGAUCACUGUGUCGAGACAGACCCUGUUCGAAGACUCUUUCCAGCAAAUAAUGGCCCUUAAACCCUACGACCUGAGAAGGAGGCUUUACGUCAUCUUCAGAGGAGAGGAGGGACUGGACUAUGGUGGCCUGGCUCGGGAGUGGUUCUUCCUGCUGUCCCACGAGGUGCUCAACCCCAUGUACUGUCUGUUUGAGUACGCCGGCAAGAGCAACUACUGUCUGCAGAUCAACCCCGCCUCCACCAUCAACCCUGACCACCUCUCCUACUUCUGCUUCAUAGGGCGCUUUAUCGCCAUGGCGCUGUUCCACGGCAAGUUCAUCGACACGGGCUUCUCGCUGCCCUUCUACAAGCGCAUGCUCAACAAGAAGCUGCUCCUGAAGGACCUGGAGUCCAUCGACCCAGAGUUCUACAACUCCCUCAUCUGGAUCCGGGACAACAACAUAGAGGAGUGCGGCCUGGAGAUGUUCUUCUCGGUGGACAUGGAGAUCCUGGGCAAGAUCACUUCCCACGACCUGAAGGCCGACGGCACCAAUGUGCAGGUCACCGAGGAGAACAAGGAGGAGUACAUCAGCUUGAUGGCAGAGUGGCGGUUCUCCCGGGGGGUGGAGGGCCAGACCAAGGCCUUCCUGGACGGGUUCAAUGAGGUGGUUCCGCUCCAGUGGCUCCAGUACUUUGACGAGAAGGAGUUAGAGGUGAUGCUGUGUGGCAUGCAGGAGGUGGAUCUGCAGGACUGGCAGAGGAACACUGUGUAUCGCCACUACACUAGAAACAGCAAACAGAUCAUUUGGUUCUGGCAGUUGGUGAAGGAGGUGGACAACGAGGUGCGUCUGAGGCUCAUGCAGUUUGUCACGGGUACCUGCAGGCUGCCGCUGGGGGGCUUCGCCGAGCUCAUGGGGAGUAACGGGCCUCAGAAGUUCUGCAUCGAGAAGGUGGGGAAGGAAACCUGGCUUCCCAGAAGUCACACAUGCUUUAACCGGCUGGACCUCCCCCCCUACAAGAGCUUUGAGCAGCUGAAGGAGAAGCUGCUGUUCGCCAUCGAGGAGACUGAAGGAUUCGGACAGGAGUAGAGAGCCAACAAGAGCAUGGCGGGAGGACGGGGGGAGGCGGGGGGUGCUUCAUCACUAUCUCCCCCUCCCUCCCUCUCGCGCUGCCUGACCCACCCCCUUCCCCCUCCCCUCCCGUGCUGUUUAUACAGCCAAGUAAACAAAAAAAGGAAGAAUUGCACAGAUGAAUACCAAUGUAUAUAAGCUAUUUUGUCAUUUUAAACCAAAUCUUAAUCCACAGAAUCAUUUCUCUGCAGCAAUCCCUUUGUCCCCCCCUACGCCCUUCAGAGUAUCGCUAACCCGUCAUGAGAUAUGCAAGCACCUAAACCGCGCCGUCUUGAGGAGACGAAAUCAUCGUUUUUUUUUUUAUCGUUAUUAAGGAAACUGAAAGUGUUCUGAAGAGGAUUUUAUAGCUAAAGCGUUUAACUUCUUCUACGGCUCUAGUUCUAUAGAGCUUUUAAAAGGCUGAUUGUAGUUUCAGAGUGCCUGGGAUUUCACCCCCUCAUCCCCUCCUCCCCCCCCAUCGGACCCCAUCCCCCCCCCCCAGGUUUGGGUGGGGGAUGGAGAAGCCCUGUCCGCCUCGUCUUAUCGCCCACUGACUUUACAAGAAAACAAACCACCUGAUGGACACACGCCACUCAUAGCUCACGCCGGUGUGUUCCCACGGUAACACCCGACCACAUCAUGACUGAAUGAAGAGUAUUGUCCCCCCUUCGUUUCCUUUACCGCAGUACAUCGCAGUACGCAAGACAUAGAUCAUACUUCCCUUGACCACACACACACACACACACACACACACACACACACACACACACACACACACACACACACACUCUCUCUCAGACUCACACUCUCAGACUCACACUCUUCCCUCUCCCUGUGAUUGGAUGGCCUUGAAACCCAAGCUGGGACAAAGAUCCCCUCCUUGAGAAAAGACAAAAAAUUACUCACCUGUAACCUUGUGAAAAUUGGUGACUCAUCCAAGAUGCAGGGUUUAACACACACACACACAACUUAAACCGUGCCAUGUAUUUAUUUUGCUGCUUGCGACUUGCAGCUGGUUCUUUCUGGGGUGUCUUUGCGUUGCCGGGGGAAACGUAGGCUUUCCAGGGUCGCCGUGAUGACGACAGCAGAGACGUCCCCCACCACUUAUUCGUUUCUCAUCCAUCACAGUAUAGUGACGAAUAGACCUCAGAGAGUUUAACGUGUUUCACUUUCCUUUGCACACAUGGAGUAGGGAACAAGCUUUGAUCAUGGGUAGAAAUAAAUACCUUACAAACCGUUUCGCCACAAAUCGCCCGUAACGCUUGUUUAGAAGGCCGUUGUAAGCUCACAGUCUGAAGGGUCUCUAUAGGGUCUACAUUCAGCAUGAAAUGUAACCUGGUAACCAAAAUAGAUAAGCAUUUGUAAAAACCUAGAUUCUUUUGUUGGCCAACUAGGAAAGAGGCAGUAAACAAUUUGGCCAAUCCCUUUAAUAUAUUUCCGCAUAGAAACGCACUGCCGUGCAAGACUUUGAUAAGGAACGCGCAAUAAGCUAAUAAGUGUAACUCAAAUGUCUAUUAGAAAACUGCACACCUUGUUUCUUUUCUGCCUUUAAAUGUAUGUAUUUAACAGUUUGGAGUGCAAUCGCGCCAUCAGUUUAUUUAUUUUAUAGUGACCUAUAGCAGUAUGACAUUGAAUGCAGGGGGCGCUUCACACAAGUGUUGUCAUUUACCAUAACCGCUUUAUAGGCCUACAUACAACGCCUGGGUUCAUUGUGCUAAUACAGUCAGCAGUUUGGGAUUAAGAUUGUGGAAAUCGAUGUGAACCGCUGGGAAGUGUAGUUAGAACUGGUAUAGCAGCAUUUGAACAAACAUUGGAGAAUUACCAUUCAAAACUUCUGUGUGAUGCAAGUUGUCAUGGGUUGCCACAUCUGCAAUGUUAAUGUUGAAACAUUUACACUGGCCAUUUGACACAAUCAUUUAUUUCCAUAAUGCACAAAAGGCAACAUGUAUACUAAGAAAUGGACACGAAUGCAAACAUAAAGUGAGUGUUUACGAACAACAUAUUUUUGCCGCUUGGAUUGUAAAAUGGCCCUUAAAACAUAUGUUAGAGAUUGUAGAUGUUGAAAUUAAAUGAAUGACUCAUACAGUAUACAUGAAUGUCCCUUCUAAAUCAGCUCCGAACUGUAUUCUAGCUGAACUAAAAUCCUUUUCCACAUUUCUCCUUGAUUCCGAUUUUUUUACAGAAGAGAUAAUGUAGCCAAAUUCAGUUUGACAGCGACCAAUGUUUGUUUAAAAAAGAAACUUGGGCUGUCCGUCUUUAUCUUCAAAUGUCCCCCCUCUGCUUCGUCAUCCCAUUUUUAUGUUUGUUUUUUGUUUUCAGGUGACAUUUUCACAGUUAUUAAUGUGAAUUAUACACGUGUAUAAAUAGUGUUGGAAGAAAACUCUGGUGCUUCAUGUCGAAUGUCUGGAGGCAAGGCAAGCGAAACCACUGUGUGCGUGCGUGUGAGUGUGUCCCUGUUAAAAACGCUUUUUGUCUCACAGAGGAGUAGCCCAUGUCAAAAUAAAUAUAUGCCUUGUAUAUAACAUUUCAUUGAUCCCGCUGGUCGAAGCUGACCACAGGGACUGCAGGAAAAAAGAGGAAUUAUUACCGACAAAAGGAGAUUAAAAAAAAAAUAAUGAUCGUGUAACGCUGUGCUUCCUUCUGAACUACAAAAUCCACUAUCAGAGGAAGGAAAUCAAACUGUAUAUGAGUAUUCAUUGUACAGAGAACAUUUUAAGAAAUUAAAGUAAUUAGUUAUUGUAAUUAAUCGCGCGGAACCGAUGUUUCAUUGAUGAAAAAUCUUAAAGCCUUUUUUUUUUUUAUUCAAUAACCUUCAUUCUCAGACGUGGAGGUUUUCGUAUCAGGUUGCCUUGAGGCGCCCCGGCACCCUGGGGAGCACGGAGCACACACACCCUAUGCCUACUCGUGAUCUAGCUGUCGAACCAAAAUGUGAUGAGAGGCCGUUGAAAAACUGAAGGUGGGGUUAAUCGGGGAGAGUGCUGCUGUGACUUUUAUCGAGGCAAUCUGAAACGCAAAACAACCCCAAACGUAACAUAUCGCGUGUAGAUACACACUGUAACCAUCAACUACACUGUAUGGAAAGAUGCUAUAGUGGAGUCGUUGCGUAAUAUACCCCCCCCCACACCCUUUAACCGCGUUUUAAAUGAAGAGAUCGAUGUAUGAGCCAAAUAGCUGAAUGAACCCCUCCGAUGACCUCCAAUGAUGUUAUGUCGUUAAGAAUCACAGGGAACUCGAUUCCUUCUGCUCAGGAGUCAAAAGGAACAAUUUUUAUUCUGUUCUUGAAGCAAAGUAAAAACAAUAGAUUUCCUUUUUGAUUAUUAUUUGUUUCUUUUGGUUGGAUCUUGCCUGUGGAAAUGGAACCAUAUUUAAUAAAUAUAUCUGACCACCUUUACGGAAGGUUGACUUUGUCUUUAUUCGCAUUUCUCAUUGUAUGCGUGUUUCUUUGUAGAUUGACAGGUUUAUGCAUUGAAGUUGAGACAGAUACGGACGUAGCCUAUAUUGACACCGUUUAUUUCUGCUAGCGUUGCCCAUGAUUAACGAAUGCCCUCUUCCAGGAAAUACAAUUAUUUUUUUCGAUUUUCUGUUAUCAAAAGGGUCAAAUAACAUUAUCAGCUCCUAUCACAUUAUUUCACUAUACUCAUUGUUACAAAUGCAAUAAAUUAAGAUUAAGAAAGCGGGGGCUCGAAGUAAAGCCUACGAAGAUCAGGGUGAGAUAUUUGUCCCCUCAGCCCAACCGUUUGAGGAGCUGUACAGCUUCUUGAUGGACCUGUGGAGAGGUGCAUGUAUUCAGCUUCAGCCACAAAACAACCCAAACAACAUAUGCUUCCCUCAAGGUAUUUGGACUCGACUAAUAAAUUAUCGAAAUUGUUGGCAUUACAAUAGUUGAGCUGUAAAAUCAGGGGCUAUUUGGGGAUGCGUUUGUAAGGAAUACAUAAUUGUAUGAAUGAAACACUCAUACAGACAUAAAAAAUAAAUAGCUAGGACUUGUAUCACUCACUCGUACUUUUUUAGCUUUUUCCUUUUCAACUAUACCUUUCC